UUUAUAUCAAAGACUAAAAAGGGCAUGUGCACUGCACAGGUUGAGCCCUAUGCGUGCAAUUGCCUGAUAUAACGGCAUCAAAAUACUAAACGAAAAUAACGAGUGAUAUUUUUUGGUUGUGAAUCUUGGGAUCAUGGACUAGAUAACUUUUAAAAUAUAAAAGUGACUUUUACUUUAACGGUCGUUGUUGUUCAUCUACUUCGGUUUUCUACCUGCUUCGGAUCUCUAACACAGGUCAUAAUUAUGGAUCAGUGGACAGAUGACGAUGCCAUGGACACAUCUCUAUUUAGAGAACAUCCUUCAAAUUCAGAGGAAAAUGUGAAACCAGUAGAAGAAGAGAUUAACUUGAAACCUGAUGAUAAUCAAAGUGAGAAUUCCUCUCACACCAACAUGGAUCAUGGUGAUCCAGAUUUGACUGUCACAGUAUUUGGAUGUUCUGAGGCGGUCCAGUUUGGAAGAGACAACAUUCUGCUUGGAGAAGAACAACUCAGUCUUAGUGCAGAAUAUCCCAUAACUGUUCCAGACAAGCAACACGGUGCAGAAAUAGAAACAAGCCUUGGUGAAACAAACAUGCUGCCUUUAGGGAGCUUGGAACAAACUGAUAAAGGACAGGAACAAAAGCUCAUAAUUAUGGAUCAGUGGACAGAUGACGAUGCCAUGGACACAUCUCUAUUUAGAGAACAUCCUUCAAAUUCAGAGGAAAAUGUGAAACCAGUAGAAGAAGAGAUUAACUUGAAACCUGAUGAUAAUCAAAGUGAGAAUUCCUCUCACACCAACAUGGAUCAUGGUGAUCCAGAUUUGACUGUCACAGUAUUUGGAUGUUCUGAGGCGGUCCAGUUUGGAAGAGACAACAUUCUGCUUGGAGAAGAACAACUCAGUCUUAGUGCAGAAUAUCCCAUAACUGUUCCAGUAGAGAGGAAGAUAUCAGAACAUCAGGUCUCAGUGAUCAACAUGAUUGGCUCACAUAAUGCUGAUCUCAAAACACUCAGUCACUAUAUUGGUCAACUGAGUGAAAAUGAAAUACACGCCUUCAUAUUUGUUGUGCGACUGGGUCAGCUGACAGAUACUGAUGAAAUGGGUAUUGAAUGGCUACAGAGAACUUUUGGUGACAGAGUUCUUUCAUUUGUCAUUAUUCUCUUCACCUAUGAGCAAGAGGAAGAGUGUGACUCUAUAAUAGAUGACCUGAAAAACAACUCUGUUCUGGAGCAGCUGCUGGAGAAAUGUGGAAGAAGAAAUUACACCUGCAGCAAACUCAUGAACAACCAGUCAGAGAUCACAGAACUGAUGGACAGGAUCAAGUAUCUGUUUUCUGAUAAUAACCAACAGUGCUACACCAGAGAGAUGUAUAGAUCUUCUUUAGGAGACAAGCAACACGGUGCAGAAAUAGAAACAAGCCUUGGUGAAACAAACAUGCUGCCUUUAGGGAGCUUGGAACAAACUGAUAAAGGACAGGAACAAAAGGAAAAUGUGAAACCAGUAGAAGAAGAGAUUAACUUGAAACCUGAUGAUAAUCAAAGUGAGAAUUCCUCUCACACCAACAUGGAUCAUGGUGAUCCAGAUUUGACUGUCACAGUAUUUGGAUGUUCUGAGGCGGUCCAGUUUGGAAGAGACAACAUUCUGCUUGGAGAAGAACAACUCAGUCUUAGUGCAGAAUAUCCCAUAACUGUUCCAGUAGAGAGGAAGAUAUCAGAACAUCAGGUCUCAGUGAUCAACAUGAUUGGCUCACAUAAUGCUGAUCUCAAAACACUCAGUCACUAUAUUGGUCAACUGAGUGAAAAUGAAAUACACGCCUUCAUAUUUGUUGUGCGACUGGGUCAGCUGACAGAUACUGAUGAAAUGGGUAUUGAAUGGCUACAGAGAACUUUUGGUGACAGAGUUCUUUCAUUUGUCAUUAUUCUCUUCACCUAUGAGCAAGAGGAAGAGUGUGACUCUAUAAUAGAUGACCUGAAAAACAACUCUGUUCUGGAGCAGCUGCUGGAGAAAUGUGGAAGAAGAAAUUACACCUGCAGCAAACUCAUGAACAACCAGUCAGAGAUCACAGAACUGAUGAACAGGAUCAAGUAUCUGUUUUCUCAUAAUAACCAACAGAGCUACACCAGAGAGAUGUAUAGAUCUUCUUUAGGAGACAAGCAACACGGUGCAGAAAUAGAAACAAGCCUUGGUGAAACAAACAUGCUGCCUUUAGGGAGCUUGGAACAAACUGAUAAAGGACAGGAACAAAAGUUGGAUGCAGAGCAACUCAUUGAAAGGAUUCACCUUGAGGACAAACACAGAAAACUAAAAACUUUAGAUUUCCUUAAGCCAAUUGUACAGUCCCAGGAGACUUGUGCAGAAAAUGAGCUAGCUUCAGUUUUUCUACAUAAAUUGAUGAUGAUGGACUACAAAGCAAGAUCCCUUCAGAUUAUAGAGAAUAAUGAACAACAGCACAAAACAACAGGGAGCAAUGACUUAUCUGGAGAUGUUGGGAAUGCCUUCGACAUUAUUUUUGGAAAGUCUGCUCAACCCUCUGAUUAUAAUAAAACAGAUACCGUGGACUUAAUGGAUGUUCAGAUGGCCAUAUUUCAUUGUGCUGAUAGUUUCCUAAAGCAGCUUAUUGUGACUAAACUCUCACAGUGUCAGUAUGCGUUGCCUCUGCUUGUACCUAAUCCAUUCACCCAGCAGAUUGAGUUUCCACUCUGGACAUUUCGACAAAUCAACAAGAGCUGGAAGACAACUGAUAAUACAGGUAAAGUCUUAAGCAAAUUCCAGCCAGUCUACAGAGCAGAAACUCCAAUGGUGGCUUUCUUCAGGUUUGGCCCAGUGUCCUCAUCCAAGUCUCAGCUGAUGAACAACCUGAUCAAUGAGAAACACAACACGUUCUUCCACAGGAACUGCCCAGGCAGCAGCAGAACCCGAGUAAUGAUGGACGGACUGGUGGAGAUAGCCUGGUAUUGUCCCUCUGGAGAGAAAACUGAUCGAUUUACCCAGUGUGUUGCAUUCUGUAACCUACACGGGGAUGCAGCAGAAAAUGACAAGCAUAUCCUGACUGAAAUGGCCUCUGUAAAUGUUGUGAUUGUACCACAACUUGACAAGAAUGAUAAAAGCAUGACCAAGAUUGAAAACUUCAUGAAGGACUCAAAGCCAUUCAUCUGCCUUCUUUGUGACAACGAUUCCCCUUUUACAAAAUUGCGUGAAGGGAAAUACAGAAUUGGUUUGAAAGACAGAAAUCAAUCAGUAGUAUUUGAGGAAAUCAGAAAAGCUGUAAAUGAUGGGAUCUUGUCUUAUAAAUCAUCUUCUAUUUUCAAGCUUGAAGAUGUGGCCAAACAUACUGGUAUCAGAGUAGAUGAAGACAAGGAUGUAGACCUCAGUAAAGGAAAAAAAGCAGCGCAGCAGAUGAUGAGUUUACUGAAGUAUAAAGAUCAGACUCAAAUCAAAGAAUCAUUUCUGCCGCUGCAGGGUCAUUUGUGGCAUCAGUGGUGUCAGAAGAAUAAAGAACUACAUCGACCUACGUUAGGUCAACUAAAUAAGGGAAGGAACCUUGAACAGAACAAUAGUUCUAAGCAGUCAGAAAUGCAAAAAAUUCGUGAACAGCAGUUUACAACUGACUUAAGUCAAUUUAUCCAAAUCUUCAUCCAGAAAUUGAAAUCACCAGUAGGAAAUGAGGUGGCAUAUUUUCUGAAAUGGUUGGCCAUCCUUUUGGAUGACUACACCACUGAAAAUCUUUCAGCUCUUCUUCUUGAGUACGACGAAAAAUGGUCAACUGUCCUGAAUCUUAAACAGAAUCAUGAUCAAUCACAGCAGCUCAGAUCAGCCCAAGAUAAACUUGAGAGAGUAUCCGAGAAACUACAAGCUGCAACCUUUGGCUUAGAGCACAUAAUGAGAGAGAUUGGUCAGAUAUAUGAAUCCUAUUCAUCUGUGAAAAGAAAUAAGCGGAAUCUGCAGACGUUUGACUACUCUUCUCUUCCCAGUCUUGCAGCAGAGAUGAUGAUUUCUGGAUUUCCAUUAGAGUUGAUGGAUGGUGAUGCUGCCCAUGUUCCUCUGAUCUGGGUUACAGCUGUUCUUGACUCACUCAUCCAGAAACUGGGAGACAAGAGAGUCUAUGUGUUGUCAGUUUUAGGGAUCCAGAGCUCUGGGAAAUCCACCAUGCUGAAUGCCAUGUUUGGGCUGCAGUUUGCCGUCAGUGCAGGCAGGUGCACCAGAGGAGCUUUCAUGCAGCUGGUCAGAGUUUCAGAAGAAAUGAAAGCAAGGUUAGAGGUUGACUACAUUCUAGUUGUUGAUACUGAGGGCCUCCGUGCCCUAGAACUGGCUGGAAGAUCAACGAGAAAUCAUGACAAUGAAAUGGCCACAUUUGUUGUUGGUCUUGGAAAUAUGACACUGAUCAACAUCUUUGGAGAAAACACAGCUGAGAUGCAGGACAUUCUCCAGAUUGUUGUUCAGGCCUUUAUGAGAAUGAAGAAGAUCAAACUGAAUCCGAGCUGCAUGUUUGUGCAUCAGAAUGUUUCAGAUGUUACAGCCGGAGAGAAAAACAUGGAGGGAAGGAGACGACUGCAGGAGAAACUGGAUGAGAUGACGAAACUCGCUGCUAAAGAGGAAGAUUGUGAUACUGAGUUUUUCAGUGAGGUCAUUGCAUUUGACGUUAAGAAUGAUGUGAAGUAUUUUGCACAACUGUGGGAAGGCAGUCCACCAAUGGCACCACCAAACCCAAACUACAGCAGAAAUAUUCAGGACCUGAAGAGCACAAUUCUCUCAAAAGCUGCACAUUCAAGUGGAAUUACACUGUCACAAUUCAAAAUGCGUAUUAAUGAUCUGUGGACUGCACUGCUCAAUGAGAACUUUGUGUUCAGCUUUAAAAACACACUUGAGAUUGCAACAUACAGACGACUAGAAACUAAAUACAGCGACUGGACAUGGAGCCUCAGAAGUGCCAUGAUGAGCAUUGAAGACAAAUUCUACAUUAGAAUUGCCAACGGAGAACUUACAGUUCAAGAUAAUGAUUUGCUGUCUGACAUACAAAAAACAAAGAAGCAGGUAGAUAAAUCAAUGAGGUCUUACUUUGAGGAGGACAGAGACAAAGACAUACUGUGUCAAUGGCAAAAUGUAUUUGAAACCAGAAUCAACAAUCUUCAUGAUGACCUUGUGAAGGGAACAAAAAGAAAGUUGGAUGAAGCCAUUGAACAGAAGAAAGCCAGGGAGAAACUGGAUCAAAAAAGAACAGAGUAUGAAAAUACACUUUUCAGUCGAAGCAAAGAACUAGCGUUAAGUCUGAGAAGUACUGGAACAGCUCAAAAAAAUCUGAAUGAGGAAUUCAACACAAUGUGGAGUAAAUGGGUCAAUGAAAUUAUCAAAGAUAUACCUCCAGUGAAAGGCUUUGACUUUUGGGCAGAUGUGAUACAGAUAUUAUCUGAAAACCAUGAAUUGACUCUUGUAAAUGAGCAGCUACAAAAGAAAGACUAUGAACGGAUGGACCGUUGGGGUGAUUAUUGUGACUACAUCAUUCCAAAGAAACAUCUAGAGCGUUCUGAUGAAACUGAAUCUUCAGAGAAACCUGUCGAGAGCUCCAUGAAAAGCAGUAAUGGAAUAUUAAAUUGGUUUGGUCAAAAACUUAUGUCAGGCAUAGAGUAUUUAAGAGGAACUUCUAGGACAGAAGAAUACAUGAGCCUAAAUCCUGAAUUUCAUUAUUCGGUAAAGAAUCUUACUGAAAAAGUUAUUCAGAAAACCGAAAUGAUCAUGAAUAAGGCACCAGUCGGAACACGCGGCUACAACAACAGUUUCAUUCAGGAAAUAACAGACUGUGUGAAAAAGUCAGUACAGAAUCAUCAGUCCAUGAACCAGAAAUACACAUUGAAAAGGGAGUAUACCAUAGAUCUCAGUCUGCAUGUGUGUGAUUUAGCAAGACAGAGGUUUACUGAACUCCAUUUAAAAUUCAGAGAAGCAAAUGACCCAAGAAUUUAUCUUGAAAAGCAGAAAACCCAAUAUGGGAAUAUCUUUGAAAAAUACUACAAAGGAGCGACCACAACAACCAUACUGAGUGAAUUCAUCUGCAGCAGACUUGAGGAAUCCAUCCUACAAGCGGUUUACAACAAAACUGCUAUUGCUUUGGCUGCACAGAUGAGGUCUGACAUACAAGCAUUAUGCGGUAACAGACCAGAUCUAGAGAAACACAUCCUGAAACACCUUGCAGAAAAAGAGGAUUUUGAUGAGUACAUGAAAUAUAUUCAUAGCCCCCAAAAACACUUCAAACAAUUCAUAAAGAAUGAAGUGAAGACAUACUUCACUAAACAAAAUGUGACCGUUCAAAAUAUAUUCAAAGGAAAUCUGAAAGAAAAGGAGCAGAUUGUAAGUAAUGCAGUGAAAGCUGCAACAGUGGAGGUCAAGAGUCACAGUGGAGAUGGAAACAUGUGGUUUAGGAGCUUCUCUAAAACAUUGACAGAUGAGCUGAAACUCACAGGGAACUCCUGUGUUGAUCUCAAUGAAAUUAAAGACUUGGAUUUUCUUGAAGACCUUUUAAGUAAAGAUUUAAAAGAAAGGAUGAAAACGAUUCAGAGCAGCAUAAACCAAAUUAAAAUAGAACAAUUCCAGAAGAGACCGGAUGAGAUUUUGAUUGAGCACUUCUGUCAGUGCUGUUGGGUUCAGUGUCCGUUCUGUAAUGCCAUCUGCACCAAUACAAUGGAAGACCAUUCUGGAGAUCAUUGCGUUCCUUUCCACCGCAGUGUUGGACUAAAGGGAUGGUAUUACAGAGGAACAACAAACCUGGCUAUUGAAAUCUGCACAACAGCAGUAUCAAGUGAUGAUGAGUUUUAUCCAAAUUCAAGUGAUUCAGAUGAUGAAACCUCAGAUGAUUCAGUCCCCUGGAAAGAAUACAGAAAAGGAGGUCCUGAAUAUGCCAGAUGGAGCAUCACCCCUGACAAAUCUGAGCUGCCCUACUGGAAGUGGUUUGUGUGCAGAUUCCAGAAAGAUCUGGAAGCGUGGUGCAAUAAAACAUUUCAGGGAAGGAGUGAAAUUCCAGAUGAAUGGAAAAAGUACACAAAAAGUGAUGCUUUGGAGAGUGUGGAUAAAUACCUGUAAUGGAAAAGGAAGUGCAAAUAGCAAAAGAAAGUUGCAAUCUGUCAGCUAUUAACUUACAUAUUUUACAACACUGUAUUCUGAACUCAUAAAUAUCAAACAGGACUGGAUCCGUCCGAAUCAGAAGCUUGGCCAACCCUGGCCCAACACCAUAUAAAUUAAAGAUUGCAAUAUGGUUUUUACCUGAGAGUGCAUCAUAAAACAGUGGUGGUCUUUAAAAACAUGCGUUUAGCUAGCCAGGCUCAUAUUUCUGAAUUAAGUAUUGCAAUUUUAAUGAUUUUAAACUAUUCAAACAGUGAAAAUUGUAAAUGUAAAUUUAACUAUCAGAGAGUGACACAGAAAGCUAUACAAAUCAAAAUCAGAGGCAGUUUUAAUAGCCUAGUUCCUUCGUACUCUCAAAUUCCAGACACUUCAGCAUGCAAAGCUCUUAGUGGCAAUUAGAGUAAACAUUUUAUAUGCAUUCACAUAUGCACACAAGCACAUACUACUGUAUGUGCAAAGGGUGAGGCACAAGAUAUAUUCCACUAUAUUCUCUAUACCUGCUUCACACACAGAAAAAAAAACAUCCAUUUGAACAUUCUUUAGUGAUUGAAACUAAACAAAUAAUCACACAUCUACAUUAUAUUCACAGCAGUGCAUCUGACAUAUAUGAAAUGAAGUAAAGUGUGACGUUUCAGUGAUCUCUAUCUCUCUCUCUCACACACACAAUACCUUUUAUUUAAUUUGACAUUUGGAAUAUUGUGACGAGUCUCUUUGACCAACCCACUGAUCGGCCGAAAGCGGGAAGGACAGAGACUCAUCUGCUCAAUUGGGAACACUUGAGUUCCCCUCUAUAAAAGCCAGCAGUGUUGGCUUGUGGUGAGCCGUGCUUUUGCUCCUGAUUGUUUUGUUUUGUUUCUUUUUAUCUUUGGUUAAUACUUGAUUUUGCUGACCUAAAGUGAGCACUUGAUUUUUCUUUAAUGUUUAAAUAAAUACUUUUUGGUACCAAAAUAUCCUCCCUUUAAUUAUGUCAUUGCUCUUAAGCCAGGGCGUGACAAUAUGUUAUAUGCAAGUCUUUGAAUUCUUACUAGAUGUUCUUCUCAAAAUACGGUAUUUGCAAUGUGCUGAUCUGCUGUUUUUGCACAAAAGGUGUCAAAACAACUAUCAUGUUAACUUGACAGCCUUCACGCUGACCUAACUGGUGAAGGUGGAGGAAACAACUUGUAAUUUGUAGAUUAGGUAUAUAAUGGAUAAAUUAAUUUGUCCAUUAUGAUCAGCAUAAACAUUUGGGGCCUCAUGUAUCAACGCUGCGUACGCACAAAAACUUUGCGUACGCCAGGUUUCACGCUCAGAAUCGCUCACAUUUGGAUUUACUAACGAUGAACUGAACGUGGGAAUGUGCGC